AUGUCUAUACCGGCGCGUGCCGCCCAGUCGCCGAGCCUCCAGACCGCCGCCAUGCCCAAGUACUUCUGUGACUACUGCGACACCUACCUGACGCACGACUCGCCGUCCGUGCGCAAAACCCACUGCUCGGGACGCAAACACAAGGAGAACGUCAAAAUCUACUACCAGAAGUGGAUGGAGGAGCAGGCCCAGUCGCUGAUCGACGCCACCACGGCUGCGUUCAAGGCCGGCAAGAUCCAGAACAACCCGUUCGCGGCCGGCAAGGGCCCGGUGGCGGGCCGCGAGGGCGGCGCUGCCAUCCCGCCACCGGCCAACAUGGGCGGCGCGCCGCGGGCGGCUGACCGGCCGCCGCUGUCCGGAGUCGGUGGACGCUGCGCUGGACGGUGGACGCUGCGGUGGACGCCGCAGUGGAACUCACUAUGUGACGUUCUGUGGAUGUCUUAA